CAGUUAGCCCCCCGAGCCCGAAGCUUUUGUUGACAAAGUAGCUGGGUUGAGGGAUGUGAGGCCGCGAUCACUGUAAAUAUUAUUUUGAUCAUGAUGGAUAUAGGAAAUAAAGUGCCAAACAAAUGGCCCAAAUUUCUGGAUAUGACAAAGGACGAGUGCCGGAAAGCUCUUCGUGCUCUAGAGCUGACAACAUACAGCCAAGUGGUGUCAGUCCUACGGGCUCAAGGAGAACUUACCAAGGAGAAGAGGAAGCUGCUGAAUGACCUUCAAACUAUAUUUUCCAUCACCCUUGAAAGACAUCGUGCCGAGAUUCGUAGAGCAGUAAAUGACGAGAAACUCAGCACGAUUGCAGACUCCCUGGCUGGACCCAACACAGGAGUUGAAUGGGCAGUAGAAGGUCGACGCUUGGUUCCACUUAUGCCUCGUGUUCCUCCACAAACAUCAUAUACUGCUAUAGCUACACGAAUGGCUCUCUUGUAUUAUGGCAUCAAUGCAAAAAUGCCGCCCCCAAACACAACAGCAUUGUAUGGUAAAUUGGAUGAUCUAGGUGCUGAAUCUGAUGAUACAGACUCUGAAGAAGAGACUGAAGGUCUAAGAUUCAUCCAAGGUGCCAUGGUUCCUCAACAGUACAACAGUGAUCAGGGAUCAUACACGACUCUGCCGCUCUCACAAGCACGUUUAUCCAAACUGCCUCCGAAAGAGAACCGGGAAAAUCGAGAAACCCCACCAACCACAUCAUCAGGCGGGAGUAGCGGACCCAUGAAUGUUGGCCUCGGGAGCAGUAGCGGUGGUGGGAGCAUCGAUAAACGAAAACGAAAGAGAUCGUCUUCAACCGAACACCCUCUACCUCCUCCUCCGCCCCCUCCCCCAGCCCCUCGGGAACUACCUCCAGCGGCAGGGACACCCACAAAGCAGAUGAGUGGCAUGAGUCGUCCAUUGCCUGGACCGCCCAUGAAGAUCACCGUGACAGGGAAUGUGGCCCGAGGAACACCCGGGACACCGAUAUCCACUCUAGGUGGUCACACCCAAAAGGUAAUUCUGGUAUCAACCUCUGGAGCCAGUGGGGUCGGAAGCGGUGUGUAUCAGCGUUCUCUCAGUGUUCCCGUCAUGAAAAGUGGCACCGGGGCAGCACCCAGUGUAAUGCGUGGUGUUCCAUCUGCAGGUGGCACAGUGCCUGCGAGUCAAAUGCAGUCAGGAGGCGGUAUGGGCUCAGGAAGUAUGAUCGUUCCGUCCACAUACUCUGGAGGUGGAUCACUGGUGUCUGGCGUGAUGCCUCCAUCUGGAACGUACGUGAACAGAAUGAGGCCAAGAGUGCCUUCUGGUGCUCUUCCACCGAGGCCUCGACAGCGAUCCAAUUCUCUUGUUCUUCAGGCUGAAGCGGGGAUACCACAAAGAGGUAUGGAAGGAGGCGGAGGUAGCGGAGGCAGCAGCAUUGGUGCUGGUGGCCACAUGAGUUCUGUGCCGUCAUAUUCUGGCAGUGUAUCUGGCAUGGUGCCACCAUCCACCGUUCCUCAUGUCAUGCCUCCUGGUCAUAUGAUGACUCAUCAGACCAUCCAGGUUAGGCCAAGUACACCUGUUGCAGCAGGGAAAGCUGCAAUACAGAUUCGACAGGAAGGCAGUAAGGACAACUUUGAAGUAUGGUACUUGAGUACCGGUAAUUUUCAAUAUAUCAUGUUUUCAGGAACUGGUCCACGUGUAGUAACUGUGAAUACCAUAAAUGCUCCGAAGGCUUCAGUGAGUGGAGUACGGACACCAGCUCCAGCAACGCUGGUAUCUGUUGGUUCCAAGACAAUACAAACAGUACGAGUAACACCUCAGGGUCCUUCUGGUCUUCGACCGGUGCUGAGUGGUACAAAAUCUAACGUGAUUGUUGUGCAUAAAGGAGCCCCUUCUCCUGGAACAAGACCCAUGAGCAUUCAGGGAAUCAGGGAGGGACCCACUAAAAUCACCAUAGGAAAGAGUCUCGGUGGGAGUUCCAGCACAACUAUGCUACAGAAGCCUCUACCCUCGCCUCGGGGGGCUAUCGCAGCUCCGAGUGUCGUUCCAAUCAGCACACCCACGUCUCAGGGCAAUGUCAUUGUGGUGGAUUUGAGUCCUGAGAGCAGCAGUGUGAGCAACAACAAUGCUCUGGCUGACAUUCUGCAGGCCACAGGUAUUCUGAGUACUGGUGGACCAAGUAGUGUUGAUAGUGGAAACAUCCGUGCUGGUGGUGGUGGUGACGGUGGUGAAGUAGGCAACAGUGAGGGGGCAACCCCGAGACUCCCUCCUCCUUCUAGCUCGGUUCCUCUUCUGUCACGGACAGUAUCCACUUCCACGAGUGUGCCAACAACCACUCAAUCUUCCAUCACUUCACACUGCCAGUCAAUCAGCGACUCGCCAUCAGCAACCAGCAGCGGAAGCAGCGUAUCCACAACGACCAGCACGACCACCACCGCCACCAACACAUCUGCCACCACGCUGGCAAACAUUAUGACCAACACGACUACUUCCUCUACCACUGUUGCCACUCCUACGACAAACAGUAGUGGUGGUGGUGGUGACAGUAGUGGGGGUAGUAGCAGUGAAGGAAAUGCCGGUACCGGAGGCAGUGGAGGCAGCAAUAGUGGUUGUGCUGGGGACGGGGAUGGUGAAUGGCUUAAUUUAGGGCUCGAAGGUGAAGACUCUCCUGGACACAGUUUACCAGAGGGUCAGAUGCAAAUGUUAGAGGAGGCCGUGGAAAUAUUAGGUCGUGGAGACAAAGAAUCUGCAAGGAAUCUGCUUCGCCAGGCGGGAAUAGAAUUGUUGGAUUCUCCCGGUGACAUCGGCGAACAGGGAGGGGAGCAAACCUCCAUGGCCAGUCUGAUCGCAGGACUGACUAGUCAACUUCCCGGUGGACAUCUGGAUGAUGGAUCUCUUGCUCCUGUGGGGGAAUUAGAUCCUGCAACUGGGCUUUUCUACAAUCCUUCUAGUACUGAAAGUUCUUCUGAUAGCAACAGUAACUCUGCCUCAGAUGAGCUGGAUGGACCAGAAGAAAGAGAACCCCAACAGUAGCAUUCACAGUGCCAACCAGAGUAUAACUAGAUACUUUAUACAUUAUUUUUAAGACACACUUAAUUUGUAGAUACGUUUUUUGUUUUGAAACAAAAUAUAUUUUAGUGAUUUUAUAAAUUGUUAUUGUACAUACUGAAUGUUCAGAUUAUCUUUUUUCUUGCUUAAUCGUUGAUCUCACUUCUGGAUGUGUAGUAAAAACUACAGUAUAUCUUUUUAUGAAAUAUUGAAGAUGUCUAAAUUUUCUGCCUAUUAUAUCAACCUGUCCUCUUAAAAAGAACGUCGCUUUUGGCCUUUUGGCCGAAUAUGGACGUAACUUGAAAAUGG